AUGUUCUGGCGCUUCGGCGGGUAUGCACAGCUGUCGACGCUGGACAGCAUCCUCGACAAGCCUGACGUCACCGUCGAGGAGCUGCUGGACGAGUCGGACCUGAUCCAGGAGCUGAAGCAGCAGAAUUCGAAGCUCAUCGAGUACCUGCGCGACGAGAACGUUCUCGAACGGCUGCUGCGCUAUGUCACCGCCCAAAGACUGGCCGAAUCGCCGGGCGAGCCGCCUGCCGAAGGACUGAGCGAGGUCGGUAGUCCCAGCCGCCAAAGCUUCUUCGGCAAGGUUGCUGGACGCGCACGCUCGGCGUCCACAGCCAAGUCAGACGCGGGCGACGGAGAGGAGAGCAAGGACGAAAGACAGCGCAUGAAGUAUGCGUACGUCUCGUGCGAGAUUCUGUCGUCAGAGGUCUGGUCGAUAUCAGAGGCGGUGCUGGAGAACCAGGACUCGUUGAAGCAGUUCUGGGCAUACAUCAAGCAGCCUGCAACACUCGACCCUGUGCAGGCUGGAUACUUUACAAAGGUCAACGAGUCGUUGCUGGAUCGCAAGAUGGAGGAGAUGCUGGAUUUCUUCAAGUCGCUCGACAACGUUGUUACAGACAUGCUCCAGCAUGUAGACUGCCCCGUCAUCAUGGACUUGUUGCUUAAGAUCAUCAGUCUCGAGAAGAGCGAGGGCGGUCAGGGCAUCGUGGAUUGGCUGCAACAGCAAGACCUCGUACCCCGAUUGAUUGCUUUCCUCGGGCCCGACCACUCCACCUCUACACAAACAUCGGCUGGUGACUUCCUGAAAGCUAUCAUCACAAUAUCAGCAAACGCCACGACACAAGACCAGUCAGUGAUAGGGCCCAACGAGCUUACACGUCAGCUGGUCUCCGAGGCAUGCCUCAAGCAGCUGAUCGAAUACAUGCUGCGCGGCGGCAAUCCAUUGACUGUCGGCGUGGGCAUUAUCAUCGAGGUUAUCCGCAAAAACAACUCCGACUAUGACUUGGAGAAUCAGAUUGGGCCCGUGCCAAAGAACUCGGACCCCAUUUACCUGGGCACCUUACUACGCCAGUUCGCGAACCACAUCCCACAGUUUAUGGAAUUGGUACACAGCUCUAGUAGAGUCGUUGUGCAGAAUGAUGGAACUACGGCGAUGAAGAAGCGGGAGCUGAAGACAGCUUUUGGAGAGAAGAUCGAGCCUCUAGGUUUCGACCGUUUCAAGACUUGCGAGCUCAUGGCUGAAUUGCUGCAUUGCAGUAACAUGGCUCUUCUCAACGAACGCGGCAGUGAGGCUGAGGUAAAGCGGAGGGAUGCUGAGCGUGAGCGUCUCAAGGCUGAAGGCAAGCUGACAUCGGGCAACGCUGGCAACCUUGGCGACUUCUCCACCAGUGUUGAUAGCCAAGGCUUCCACCACGCGCGCGCACCUUCGGUCGACUCGCCCGAUGAGAUCAAACCGCUACAGGUGCAGAACAACUCGGAAGACGACUUUGAGAAGGUGACUGCGCCAGAAGUUGCAGUUGCCUCUAUCGAGGCUACUGAAAAGGAGCAGAUUGGCGAGCCCCUGGAGCGUUCGCCCAAAACAGAUCCGAAGGUGUCGCCCGCUGAUAAGACGGGAGAAGGCGAUGGCGAGUUCGUGGACGAGCCACUGACACCACCCAAGGACGCAGCAUCGCCCACUCCUGCGACCCCACCGAAGCCUGAUGAUGCAGAGUCACCGACUUCGGCAGGGCUGACUUCCAAGGUUGGAGGCCUCGACCUGGACAAUGAUACUGUCAUGGGUGACAGAGACGAAGCUGUCGAGGAGCCUAAGGACGAGGUUAAGACAAAGACCACACCUUCUCUCCUCACCCAACAAUUAAACCAGACGUUGGAAGAGCCAGAGCCAGUCUCGCCGCAAGAUGUUGAGAAGCCUGCGCCACUAUUCGCGGGUAAGAAUCGCGAUAGCAACGCUGAGGCUACCAAGGUCGAUACUUCCAAGUUCACGGCACCCGCAUCAGAGGACACUGCCGAGGCAACACCUAUUGACGAUACAUCGAGUGUGCGCUCGGUCGUAUUUGGAGGCGGAGAGCACGCUGAAGACCAGCUGUACGUGCUCGACAUCGACGGAACUCCUGUCGUCGGCGACCUUCUCAAGAUUACCUUUGUUGAGAACAAGGUUGUGCCAACCAUUCUUGACUUCUUCUUCCGGUUCCCGUGGAACAACUUCCUACACAAUGUUGUGUACGAUGUUGUACAGCAAGUGUUUAACGGCCAGAUGGAGCAUGGCUACAACCGAUCGCUAGCUAUCGAUCUGUUCCAGACAGGGAGAAUUACCGAGAGGAUCGUUGAAGGUCAACAAGCCAGCGACAAGGCUCAGCAAGAGACCCACAUGAGGCUCGGCUACAUGGGCCACCUCACUCUGAUCGCAGAGGAAGUACUCAAGUUUACCGAAAGACAUCCCACAGAGAUUCUGUCGCAAGCGGUUGUCAACAAGGUUCACAGCGAGGAAUGGAUACACUACGUUGAGCACGUUCUCUCAGACACUCGCGAGAGGGACAACGCAAUCCUUGGUGGUGUUCGACCAGACAUGAGCGUUGGCCCUAGGCAGGCUGUGCUGAACGCAGUGAACGCCGCAUCUGGCUUCGGUGGAGACGGCGGCCUUUCGAACGCCAGCAUCGGCAAUAACGGUGCCGUCGGUCUCGACAGCAUGGACCUCGCUCAACAAGGUGACACCGGAGGUGGUGGGUACACCUUCAGUGGUGGCUCCUUGCUCAGCGGCUUUACUAACUCGAGUGACGAAGAAGAUGAAGAUAUGGAGGACGAUGAUGCCAAUAGGGAACGACAGGGGCCUGUCGACGACUCCGAUCAAGUGGGUGAAGUCUCAUUUGACGAUGCUGAUAUGGACUACCGAUAA